AUGGCGCCCAAGUCGAGCAAGUCGAGCAACGGCAAACUGCGCAGCUCGGGUCUAUUCACAGAACCACGGCGGUUCAAUCUGGCACGACCGAGACCGCGCGAUGUGUACGAGUUCCCAGAUGAGAGUCCCGAGAGGCGCCCGUACAAGCUGCAUGAGAGGGUGAACCGAGCGCCAUUAAAGAUUCUGAAGAAGAAAAAGGCGCCCCAAGAGGACGUUCCGUUCUCAUCUGAAUCUGUUCAAGCACUAGCUGAGGAGGACGCUUCCGAAGGCUCUGGCUUCACAAACGAGGCGCCUCUGCCCUCAUCACCACCAAGGCUCGCUCCAAACCCCAGUCACGCCGUCGAGAAUGGAGUACAGAUCGAGACACGUCUUCGCAACGGCGCAGUACGAUGUGCCGUCACGUCGUACCGGUCAGGGAAACCAGUGGGCCCACGAUACGAGCAAUGCCACAAGCCAGGCUCUCACGAGACUAAUGCUGGACCCCGGUGCACUCGCCACUUGAGCAAUCCUGGCUCCGUGCGCUGCGGCUUUAUGCUGGUGCACAAUGGAAAUCCUGUCCAGUGUCGUACCGCUGGUGUUAAAGGAACGGCACGAUGCAGUAAACAUGCAGGACAAGAGGCUGCAUGUGGUUUGGGCCCUGUCCACAAACGGAAGUCGAGCGAUAAUGACGACGUGCCUGCCAAACCAUCCAAGUCUGCAAAAGUGCAGCCGCAAGCCACAGCUGGGCGGCGGGCUCAGAAAGAAGCUGAAGAGGCGGUUGUGGUUGAGUCGCAGCCACUAUCAGAUCCAGAAGUACAGUUACCCUCCCGUACGAAAAAGAGGGGAAGACCUGCAUCCACCAUAAGAAGUGAAGGAAGUGGCGAAGAGGAUGAAGUUGCCGAGUCGAUUGAGCCCACAGCGUCGCCGACUUCGAAGGGACAUCGGCGUACGAGAUCAAAGGCCCAUCCUCUCAAAGAGACUAUAUCGGCAGCCGGCUCUAAGAAGUCCAAGAAUGCCCCAAAAGUCACCAAAGCAACGAGAACGACACAAGCUAAGGAUGAUCAACCAUCAGAUGACAACCCAGAAUCGGAUGCAGAGAUACAGAAAGAGCCUGCAAGUUCAGAAGAGGCGGCAUCUGAUGACGAAGAGGAGGCUGGCGAGCCCUCGGAAACCUCCCAAGCUCUCCGGCACGAGAAGCGACCUGGUCGCUGUCAGACUGAUGUCUGCUUGACCAUUAAGAGGGUUUGCGACGAAGCGAGAGGGCGUCUCCGGGGCCACGAUCUUGAGAUCGAACAGAUGGCAGCAAUCGGCGGAAAAGUCCAGGCUGCGCUAAACGAGUUGCGUAAUGUCGAUAGUGAUGACCGUCUUGCAAUCAAGGCGGACAUGUAUGGCCACGUAUUCCGGUCUCUGACCAAGCUGGCCAAGUCUCUAUAUGGGUCUUGGGAUGCCGGGGCCGACACACUGGAGGUCAUGCGCAUCUUAGUGCCCCUCGUGCACCACAUCCUCGUCAUGAAGGACAUGAUGGCAAGCUGGAAGGUCACAGUACCGCAACGGUACGAUGGUGAUAGGAUGGUUGGAGAUGUGAACUCGCAUCUGAUCGCGCCGUUGCGAAAGGCUCAUGACGUCUUGAGUAAAAGACUGCGACAGCUUGAGGGCCGGCAGUGUGCCGCUCGAGACCUUGCAAACAUCGAACGCCAAAUCGGAGAGGAAAACGAAGAGAUGGAGAGGCUGAAGAGCACGGCUGCAGCCCAACGCGACAGAUGGGCCCGCUGGCAACAGUUGCACAUCGCACGCAUGCGUUGCGAGCCGGAUCCGAGGAAACGACUUCCAAAUCUGAAAAUCAUCAAUCUCGAAGACCUUGAAGAUACAGAUGCAAAUGGUAUUAAAUUCCAACGAUUGCCAGUGUUCAAAGAUCGCGAAACUCCGCCACGACGCCACCCUUCGCGCGCCAAUAGAUUGAAGUCGUGGUCGCCCGAGCAGGAACAGGCUCUGCUUGAUGGGCUACAGAGAUUUGCAGGUCGCGAUGUCUUCUACAAAAUAUUCGAAGCUUACUGCCGUCCCCGCACAGGCGGCGUGCUACGCGACUUCAGGGUCUUGGAUAUCGUGACCAAAGCUGCCGAGUUCCGCUCAACCUUGCCAGCAGCGUAUCAGGAGAAUGACUGGGACAUGCCUGAAUGGGUCAGGCAGAUACCCGUCCUGCCCUAA